UUCCUUUUUAAGGAGUGAAUAAGCCCUAUCAAAACCCUAGGCUUUGUUUCGUCCUUCUCCCAUGGCGACUCAGCUCUUCUCUCGCUCUCUCCCCAAAACCCUAAUUUGGACUUCUACGUUCUCUCGUUCCUUUCUCACUGCCACCGGAGCCGCCCUUUCCGCCUCUUCUCACUCCUCUUCCUCCCUUCUCCGCCGCCUCCGUCCCCUCGCUGCUAUUCUCGCCGCUGAUUUUCGAUGUCACUCUGCGGCUCCGAGCGUGAGAGACUUCUCUACCCGUGCCACUUCUUCGUCUCUCAAUGACCCGAAUCCUAACUGGUCUAAUCGCCCACCCAAGGAGACCAUUUUGCUUGAUGGCUGUGAUUUUGAACACUGGCUCGUUGUCAUGGAGAAGCCAGAUGAGCAACUCACGAGGGAUGAGAUUAUCGACAGCUAUAUCAAAACGCUUGCCAUGGUUGUCGGAAGUGAGGAAGAAGCUAGGAUGAAGAUAUACUCUGUUUCAACCAGAUGCUACUUUGCAUUUGGGUGCCUUGUUUCUGAAGAGCUUUCUUACAAAAUCAAGGAGCUACCUAAAGUUCGUUGGGUCCUUCCUGAUUCAUAUUUGGACGUUAAGAAUAAAGAUUAUGGAGGGGAGCCUUUUAUAAAUGGACAAGCUGUUCCGUAUGACCCAAAGUACCACGAGGAAUGGAUUAGAAACAAUGCUAGAGCAAACGAGAGGAAUAAGCGCAAUGAUAGGCCCCGCAAUGCUGAUAGGUCGAGAAACUUUGAGAGGAGGAGGGAAAACAUGCAAAAUAGAGAAUUUCCAAAUCCUUCAGCGAAUCAACCUACUGGACCAAACAUGAGUGCACCAGCUCCAAGUAGUAUGCCUCCCAACAACUUUAGUCCCGGCAUGCCUCCUCACAACCAUGCUCAAGGCAAUUAUCCGGGAGGACCACCACCUCCAAACAAUUUUAACAGACCACCACCGCCACCACCACACAACUUCAACGGACCACCACCACCACCGCACAACUUCAACAGACCGCCACCACCACCACCACACAACUUCAAUGGACCACCACACAACUUCAACGGACCACCGCCGCCACCACACAACUUCAAUGGACCACCGCCGCCACCACACAACUUCAACGGACCACCGCCUCCACAGUACAACUUCAAUGGUCCACCACCUCCACCACCGAACAACUUUAACGAACCAUCACAACGCAACUAUGCGCCAGCAUCACCAAAUCCUGGAGAAGCACCACCCCACGACUUUGGAGGGGCACAGGCAAACAACUAUUGGGGAGCACAACAGCCAAACAACUAUGGUGGACCUUCAAACUCUGGCCGGGGACCGGCAUAGAACUAUGAAAGGUUAAAAAAAGGCUAAUGGUGGUGGAUGGUCUAAUAAUGUGCAUAAAAAUCAAGAAGAAUAGUCGGUUAGGUAAGUCAAAUUGUGGUGGCUGGUCACUUGAGUUUUCGUUUCGGUGCUACAAACGGAGUUUAAUUUUUGUUUUAUGACUCGGCAUAUGUUUAAAAUUUGUUUAAGUCUUAUGUACAAUUUAUCAUAUUCAUGAGAUGGUGUAUCGUUUAUAAUGUUAACUUUGUUUUGAAGUUGGCAAUGAUAUUCUCUUUUGGCCCCA